GUGGGCGUGGCUUGUCGAAAAUAUGGGCGGGAAAAACAUCAACUAGCAUAAGCUCAAGUAAAGCACGAGACAGAUGGGUGAAAAUGGACUGCAUUAAUGCGAAAUACGUGUCACAGAAGAUCAGCAAAACGCGAUGGAGACCCGUCUCAGCAGCUUCGUUACAGCAGCCGGAAGUGUUCGCUACGGGCUCAUGGGACAACGAGGAUAAUAAACUCUGUCUCUGGAGUGUGGGAGAAAAUGAAGGCUGCACCAUGGAGGAUGAACUGGAGGGCGAUCCUCAGCUGCUGUGUGAAUGUGGACACGGCGGUGAUGUGCUGGACCUUCAGUUCUUGGAUCAAGACAGACUAGUUACAGCAUCAUCAACCGGAUCAGUCACUGUCUACAAACUCCAUCCUACAAACCAGACUCUCUCUGUAGCUCACAUGUGGGAUCGGGCACAUCAUUAUGAGCUUGCUAACGCUCCAUGCACCGGAGUGGCGUGUAACAGUCCCGAGCUGGUUUCUGUGGGCGAGGACGGGAGAGUCGUCCUCUACAAAGCCGAUCAGAGGGGCAUUGUGCGCGUCAUUGAAAAUGCAGACAGCAGCACGAUCCAUGGCGUGACGUUCCUGCGGACGACUGAGGUGUUGACGGUGAACUCCAUUGGACAGCUGAAACUCUGGGACUUCAGGCAGCAGGGCAGUGAUCCUGCUCAGAUCCUCGCGCUCACCGGAGACAGGGUUCCUUUGCACUGCGUGGACCGACACCCAAACCAGCAGCAUAUAGUGGCUACUGGAGGUCAGGACGGCAUGCUGUGUAUUUGGGAUGUGCGUCAGGGCAACAUGCCCUUCUCGCUCAUGGAGGCACACUCUGCUGAAAUGUGGGAGGUGCAUUUUCACCCAACAAACCCAGACCACUUGUUCACCUGCUCGGAAGAUGGUUCUCUGCUCCACUGGGAGACGUCCUCAGGGUCUGAUGCCCCUUUGUUCCUGCAGGGACGUAACAGCAGCAUGAUGUCACGCAGUGCCGCAGCUCCUGCAGGUGGAAACCAGUCUCUCAUCAGCGCCUGGCUGAAUGGAGACUCCAGCAAAGGAAGACUGGAGACGACACACAUGCUCCCGAGCCAGACGCUCUCUGUCAACAGUCUGGAUGUGCUGGGACAGUGUUUAGUGUGCGGGACAGACGGGGAGGCAGUUUAUGUUCACAGACGGGUCCCUGUGUGAUUUUUUUUCGGAUUAAAUUGUUUGACUUUAAUCAUAAUGAAAAUACAUACUGUUUUUGGAUGGAAAUGCACUUGGAAAAAAUAAAAAUA